AUGUGUGAAUCAAAUAAGGAAUUCGAUUUCUGCCCCAAACACGAGGAUGAGGUAGAGGAUGAAUUUUUUGAUUUAAUCUUAAGCAAAUUAUUCAUUAAAUAUCUUGCGUUACAGUAUCAUAUUCGGAAGACCACAUCAGUCCUCAAAACAUGCGCAUGUGGAGAAAAUGUAAAAGAAUGUAAUUGUAAAAAGAAACAAGAUGUUCUGGAGCCGGUGAAAAUCAUCCGAAAAAGCAGAACAACUCAUCAAGAACAAGAAGUGACGUCACCGCCCAGAUUCAGACAGAUGUCGACCACAAAUUGUAAUGGGAAUUGUGUCAAAACUCAGGUAAUCGUUGGACCGAGAUGUAUAUUUUGUAGAUGGUAAUAGACAUUUACGACGGAUUGACGGCAUAUCCCCGCCCAUCCCCAUCCCCUACACCUCCCCCAUCUUCCCAUCCUCCUUAUUUUCAUUCCCCUGAUCCUCACAUUUCUCCUCAAUAUUCUGCUGCGUCUACAUCUGGAUAUUCCAAUCAAAACCAUAUAUUCACAACACCCAGUUCACCUCCAAAUCAACAAGAUGGAUUCUCGAACCGACUUCGGAAUUAUUACAAUCAGAAUGCCUACCAAAAACAAUUGGCUCAGAUGAAUCAACCGGACUCGACUCAACCUGAAGGACUGGACCAACAACCGCGUCAACCUUAUCAAAAUAUCCCUCGGGGUGAGCCUUGUGACUCCUGCCAGAAAUCCCCAUCUUUUCAACAACCACCAUCAGGAUCUGCCCCAUAUAGCAAUUGGCAGCAACAUCAAGAGUCCAAUGGAAUUCCAUUCCAUAAUUACACUCAACAUUACUCGCAGAGUAACAUACCAACUUAUGAUUACCGUAAUCCGCCAGUAAGCAACCUACCUGUACAAGGGAAUGGAGAAAGAAGAACCUUAAACGGAAAGUAUGGAGAUACCGAAUAUGAUAUUGUAAUCACUCAAUAUAAGGAAAGAGGAGGCCCAGAUCAGUAUGAUCAAAGGGCUUUACAGAGAAAUCAAGGGAACCCACAAACGCAGGCGCAAAACGGAAAUAUUUACAAUCCAUAUGUUCAAAGGGAAAGGCCUCAAUCACAGCCAGGAUACGAUGGAUCCAAUUCCAAGGUCUACGAGAACAACCAGCCUUGUCCCAAUCGUAAAAACGGCCUUUAUGAUUACAGGACUCUGAAUCAGCAGAUAUAUGAAAUGCCGUCUUCUCUGAGCCAUCAAACUAUUGAAUACAACCAAAAUCAGCAACCAAAUAUAAAUAAUAAUCUACAACAUUAUGCGACCCAAGGAGAAAGACCUUUUAGCAAUCAAAAUUCAAAGUUUUAUAAUCAGCCACCAUCUUUACCUAGAGAACUACCGUGUCCUUCUUGUCAACAAAACCAUCAGAAUGGGCUGACUCCACCUUACUCUGACACCCAGGGACCAUGUCCAGACGGUAAUCAAAACAUUUACAAUUUAAAUUCGGCCCUGGAAUCGAGUCUCGAUUAUAAUAAUUACAACCGACAGUCAAUGAAUUCGGGCAGAGGUAUGUUAGACAACGACCCAAGGUUUAACAAUCGAUAUGAUCAUGAAUCCCAGCCUGUAACACCAUCGCCGUAUGUAAGUCUGGACGAAUUAACACUCUUUCUGAUCUAACUAAUAAUAUUUAAUAAUAUUAACAUGCUGCGUAAUAAUACCUGAAAUUUAAUCAUUCUUGAAUCACGUUUUAGAUAAAAUGUCAAUUAACCUCCACCCAGCAACAAUAUUGUCCUCGGAAUGAUCAGCCCAUUAUCCAACCACAGCCAUGUGCUUUGGGUGAGAUCAAAUGUAAUAAUUUCACUGUUAUUUAGUUGACGGUGAUGGAAUUUCCAAUGCCAAAUACAUGGGUAUCUGUUCCUGGAUGCUGGACCCUUUGGCCGAAGAUCCCGAGACCAAAUGCAAUUACUUGCAGUGUCAGCCAGCUCCGAAUAAUCUGUUUUGUGGUCGCUGGCAGAAGAUGCCUUGUGCUCCUGCUACAGCGUUCGAUGUGACGGCACAAGUUUGUGUGUGGAAUGCUAGUAAGAAUGACGUCAUCAGAUUUUUAAAUCUUAUUUUAAUCCAAAUACAAAUCUUUCUAGUGUCCAUCCCGGGUCCAUUGCCCCCUCCCGGCACGACCACCACACCAGCCCCUCAAUUCAGCCCUAUAAAGAUUUCCAUUCCCCUCCCCAAUAUGAACUCCCAAUGCACUUGCAAAGGCGGAGUUCAGAUUGGAUCAUGCAAUAGUCAAUAUCAAUGCCCAGGACAAUCAAUCUGCCAGAUUGGCCAGAGCUCCAGCAAUACGGCAAGUUUGAAUCAAAUAAUCAGAAAGUUAUCAUCUGAUUUCCUUAUUCAUCCAUCUAAAGUUACUUAUUUCAGCCAUGUACAGUUUGUUGUUAUUACAAGUCAAUGAUGGAGUAA